AUGGUGUUCACAAUGCUCCAACGCAGCUACGAUUCACGAACGAAGUACUCUGACUACUUUUAGAGUUUGAUUUGCAACAUCAAGUUGAUGCCAAUUUAAAUGCCCACAACCAGUCGACCAAUCGCUACUUGGUGUUGCAAGGACUGCUGUCGUUUGUCAACUUUAGCUUGUACAGCGCGGUUCUGUGAAGAGCGCUAUGCAACUGCAGUCUACACUUUCAAACAAACAAGAAGAUCGCAAUAGCUGGCGUGAGACUUACCAGGAAGAGUUAGAGCUUCAUCUUAAGUCAAAACUGAGCGACCUGACGAUGACACCGAUAAAAUAAAUUCUUUCAGUGUCAAGAAUCUCCGUUGGUCCCACCAGACAUCAACUAUGCUGCCAAAAGAGCACAACAGUGACGGCAAAGCAGUGAAACCCCUCCAUUAUGAGCCGAAGAUGGAAAUUACCAAGAUGGAGAGGCAGCAAGGUCGUUAUGUGAAUCCACCGGAUGGAGGCUGGGGCUGGAUGAUUGUUUUUCACUGUUUUCUGGUGAACGUGCUGGUGAUGGGCACCCUGAAAAGUUUCGGGAUUUUCUUCGUGGCGCUGCAGGACGAGUUCGGAGGCUCAGCCGAGAGCAUCAGCUGGAUUGGCUCCAUCAUGUCCAGUCUGAGACUGUCGGGAGCUCCCCUGGCUUCUGUGGCAUGUGCAAAAUUGGGAAACAGAGUAACAUCCAUUAUGGGGGCCAUACUGGUCAGCACAGGCUUUCUCACCAGUAUCUUUGCCACUAGUGUGGUCUAUCUUUAUAUCAGUAUGGGACUGAUAGUAGGUCUUGGCUUUGCAUUCCUGUACCAAGCCACAUCUGUCGUCAUUGCAACAUAUUUCAGAAAGAGGCUUGCUACGGCGUAUUCCAUUGGACGCUCCGGGAUGGGCUUGACCUUUGCCCUAGCUCCUUUCACUCAGCUGCUGUUGGACCAGUAUGCAUGGCAAGGAGCACUGUUGAUUUUAGGUGGGUUAAUGCUGAACCUGGUGGCCUCUGGGAUGCUACUUAGACCUAUAAAUGUGAGGCCAUCGAGCAACUCAUCCCCUCCCCCAUCAUUGUCUCAGAAAAAUUCUGAAAAGGAACCUCUAAAAGACUGCCUAAAUGGCUCCACACCUAUAUCUAAUGGCAUUGCCAAAUCAGAAACCUCACCCUCCACCCUCAGGGAUACUUUCAUCCCGGAGAGACCAGCGGCUGGGCAGCCCAUUCUGCCAAACUUGGAACUUACAAAGCUGGUCCAAAAUGGUGGGAAUGGGUUAGAUGGGGGACCCAACAAGACCCCUUUGGGGGAGAACUCUACAGAACUAAACCACAAGUCUCCAGUGACCAGUGCUUCAUCACAAGAGAAGACCUCUGAUGAGGAACCUCCUAAAAAAGCCAAAGCUUUGGACUUUACUCUCCUGAAGAAUCCUUUCUUUUGCAUCUAUACUUGGUCACUGGUCUUCAGCCAAUUAGCCUAUUUCAUCCCUUACUUUCAUCUCUCUGCAAGGGCCAGGACUCUUGGGAUUGAUCCCAUGGAUGCAUCCUUUAUCAUUUCUGUAGCGGGGAUCACAGAGACAAUAGCUCAGCUUGCCUCAGGGUGGGUGACGGACAGAAACCUUUUACACAAGUACCACUACCACAAAGCCUACUUGAUCCUGUGUGGUGUCGUCAACCUGCUGUCACCUUUGGCCACUUCCUACAUCCUGCUAAUGGUCUAUGCUGUCUUCUUCGCUAUUUUCUGUGGAGGAUACAUGGCCCUCCUACUCCCUGUACUGGUGGAUCUGGUGGGACCUGAAAAACUCAACAACUCUAUGGGUUUCUCUAUGUUCUUUGUUGGACUUGGCUGCCUCACCGGACCUCCUUUAGCAGGUUUCUUGUAUGACUACACGCUCACCUACGACUGUUCCUUCUAUUUGGCUGGAGUGUGCUAUUUGCUGUCAUCUGUGUCACUCUUCCUUGAGCCGCUGGCGCGACACUGGCAGUCCAGGAAGAUUCGGAUGGACCUUCCAAACAAAGACCUGAAUGGCAGAAGUAAUGGCUGCUUUUGUCCCGACACUCAGAGGAACGGAGUGGUGUAGGGGAACCUCGGCUCCAGAACAAUCUCUCCUUAGAGAACCCAGCGAGGCCCUGGGCUUUGCAACAAACCCAUGAUACCAGCUACUGAGAGACAAAAGUGAAUUUAUGUUACUCUAAAUGAUUAUGACCAACAUGAUCUCUAUGCUUGAAGACACUCUAAUGGAGAUUUUCGUAGCUUUUGAAAACAACGGGGUUGUCCUCUUCUGUAUCUUUUGAUACGAACCAAAUUGACUUGUGUUAAAUGCCCCUAUCACCCCUUCCCUUCAGGGUUUGUGCUGUUGUGAAAGACGAUUCUGAAUUAUGACAGAAUGAGAAGAAAGAAGAGGUGAGCUUUCACUAGUGUUUCAUCUCAGCAUUUGGCUAGGAUGCGUUUGUUUUCGGUUCACUGAAGAAGUGAUUCUUUUUGGUUUAAAACCUCUAGUGCUUCCACUGGAUUAAUUUGAGUAAAGGCACAGCCACAUUAUACACACACAAGACCACAAACACCUCUAAAUCCAUCAAUAAUUAAAGACGUUCAAACACUUUGGCAAACACUUAUUGCUCUUUAGACGGCAUGUACGAACACUGGCAGGUGAGAGGUUAACAUUUGUCCUUUGAAGGUCCUUCUUCUCCGCUGAGAAAUUUUCUCAAGCUUGAGUUCUAGCCAUAAUACAGUGGGAAGUAGCAUUAGCAUACCCCUCGUUCUCUGGUACAUUAAAAUGAGGCACAGCCGCUGUGUUCUAGGGGUUUUAAUGGGUGUUUUUGUCAGGAUGCUGAACUAAUAGCACAUUUGUGCUUAUUAAUCAGGGCCGGCACUUAGAGUCUGGUCAGAAUGACUGUUUUCAGGCUUUUGACACAGGCUUGUUCAGCCCGUCUAAUUAGGUGCAAGCCAAAACCACAGUACUGUUGGAAACAAGUGAUAAUGACCAAGUGAACUUCAGAUACUAACCGCCUCAUUCAUGCUUUGCAUGAAUAUCACUCUGAGGCUUUUUGCUAAUCAGACAAGAGCUGAGCAAUAGUGGUGUUGAAGACGCAAAGAGAUGCAAAUCAACUUUUACCAUACCUGUGCCUUCUGUAGGCCAAAAAGAAGCAAAAACACAUGGCCUUCUGUUAAUGUAAAUGAAUGGUUUUCGGUUUUGUGUUAAUUGUAUUUACUGGCUUUUUUCUUUUGUUUAAUUUGUACUGAAUUCCUUAAAUAUUAGUUUUUAUCACCACUAUUUGCCUAGUAUGUUAAAAUUUACUAACUAUCCUGUGAACCUGUGAGCCAAAGAUGCAACAGAGGUAUAAUCUAUGCAUUUUACCAUUUCAGAAUUGUACAAUAAAACUUUUUACCAUGUAUUCAUUUUCUUUCUUAAUUUAGAGACUUUACAGUUGCCUGUACAUGAACAACACAAGCUGAGUUCUGAGGACAACUUUCUUUAUCAGGUCAUGCCACCUAGUGGUACUAAUAACACCAUGCAAUUGGAAUUUUGCUCCAGUUAGCACUAAAUCCUUUCUCCUUAUCCUGAGUUUUCUGUAAUACAUAGUAGGAUCAUUUGAUUUGAUCCCAAUUUGUAACAUCUUGUUUUAUACACACACACAGACACGUACAAAAUUUGUUGUCCUUCAAGACUGUGUUUUAUGUUCUCUUUAGAAGGUUAGAGAGAAGUUUGAACAGAGUUGUGAAGAUCAUUCAGAGUUUGAACUAAAAUAUCACUUUAAAACGCACAUUUCCGUUUAUCAUGCUCAAGGCCAAACUGGGCACCAACUGUUUAGUUUAAAUCAUGCUGUGAAUAUGUGAUGCUUUAAAUUUUCUUUACUUUUUUUUUUUUAUCAUUUUUGUUAAUCACUGAAGGCAGGGUUUUCUCUUAACUUGGAGAAAAGUAAUACUUUUGUUGAGUUGUGAAUUGCUUUUCAGUGAGUCAUUAGCCUUCACACUCAGUUUUCAUCAUCCAAAGGGGCUAAACUAAAUGGUCAUAAUCUGUUCACUAAUGAAUGCUGGCAGAUGUAACUGUUUCA